CUCGCUUUUUGUUCGCUCGCUUUAGCAAAGCUGGAGAGGGGGGUCGCGAUUUUAGAUGGAACAGAGCGACGUGCGCGGCGGAUGCGUCUUUUUAUGCGAAUGUGCAUUGAUGUAGGAGGCAAUGUGGACGGGAUAAGAGCCUUUAUCUCAUUACCUGGUACCUUUGUUUUGGAUUUGGCAAAGAUCUGAUAGAAGAAAGAGCUCAAACAACGGGGGGAUUUCGAUUCCAGUUUAAAUCGGGGAAUUACGCGUCCAAACUGGGAUCUAUGAGCGCAAAAGUGGCGAAACCUAAAGAAGAAAAGGAUGCUUCCAAGGCAUCUAAUGAAUCAAGUCCUGAAUGCUUCAAUGCAGUCAAGUAAUUCCACCAUGACUGUCCAUCCCCAUACAAAGAGGUUAGAUGAAGAAAGGUGGCGCAGUCCAGGAUGACGCUGCCCCAGGUACCCAGGAGUACAUUAUGUUGCGGCAGGAUUCCAUCCAUUCAGCGGAUAUAAGGAGUAAAGGCUCCCCCUUUCGUGCUAAGUGUCACGAAAUCUUCUGCUGCCCGCUGAAGCAAGCUGUCCUCAAAGAAAGCGCAGAGCCUGAAGAGCCCCAGCUGAAGGGGAUUGUGACGAAGCUGUACAGUCGGCAGGGCUUCCAUUUGCAACUCCAGGCAGAUGGAACCAUUGAUGGAACGAAAGAGGAGGAUAGCAGUUUCACAAUGUUCAACCUCAUCCCAGUGGGUCUGCGAGUGGUAGCCAUCCAGGGUGUCCAGACCAAACUGUACCUGGCUAUGAAUAGUGAAGGCUACUUGUAUACAUCAGAACAUUUCACACCUGAGUGCAAAUUUAAAGAGUCAGUGUUCGAGAACUACUACGUGACAUAUUCCUCCAUGAUAUACAGACAGCAGCAGUCAGGCAGAGGCUGGUACCUGGGCCUGAACAAGGAGGGUGAAAUCAUGAAGGGCAAUCACGUAAAGAAGAACAAACCUGCCGCACAUUUUCUGCCCAAACCUUUGAAAGUGACCAUGUAUCGGGAGCCCUCUCUGCAUGACCUGACUGAGUUCUCGCGCUCUGGUAGUGGUACACCUACUAAGAGCCGGAGUGCAUCAGCUGUCCUUAACGGAGGCAAGGCUGUGAGUCAGAACGAGUCCACGUAGCCCAGCUGCUCUGGUCCGCUUACCCUACGCCUUCACCAAAACCUCCGGAUGCUCGUGACUUCACGCAGACUUCUCUCCAAAAGAAAAAUAAAUGUAAAAAAAGAUACAAACUUUUGAUGGUUCAGAACAAAGAUGGCUGACAUAACAACACUACACCUUCUCUCAACCUAUGGUGACAUUUGAUUGGUUUGUUUUGAAAUUAGACUGCUGUAGUUUUAAGACUUUUACUUUUACACCACAGUAACAGCAUCCUGCAUACGAGCAAACCUUGAUAAUUGUAGCCUUUGAUAUUACAGGGCAUUAGCCCCUCUCAGGUUGGUUCUAGCACCAAACUGAGUCAGGUUUUGUUUUGGUUUUGUCUAUGAGAAUCACUAGAUGACAUAUCUAGGGCCUGAUCAAUCAAGUGAUGUCCUUGUUAAAAGUUCCAGGCAGGGAGUGAGGGCUUUGACUACUUUUGAUGCAGCAGCGGAGAAUACCCCACUGCCCUUCGUGUUUCCUGUGUGUGACGUGCCCAUGCAGAAGGGCAGGCACUGGGGUAUAUGAGUGCACUAGAUCAGAAGAUUGGCCCUCUCAGCUAUGGAAUUCCUAAAGCCUAUAUUCUGCUUGCUUCACAAAAAUGGUAGAGUGCAGCCUGUCAGAUUCAGCAUAUGCGACUUAAUGCUGUUUAAUAAUAGUUUAAAUUAGCCGUUUAGCAUUUCUUCCUUCUCUGUCAUUUGUGUUGCUCACCACUUUCAAAAAUUAAUGUUCAUGGAUCUAUUUGUAAAUGGAGAUUCCAGCACACCAAAGACAGAAGUGUAAGAAAGUCCCUUUAAGAAGUCUAACCAUGAAACGGAAAGAUUGACUUUAAUACUUGUUAUUUACCUUUUUCUUCAAAAAGGGUGUUUGAGGUGGUCUGCUUGCAUUGUAGAGGUAAGGGUGCAGUAUUCUGGAAAAGUGCUUUUGUUGACAUGCAUUUACCUUCAUAUCUGUUUGGGUUACAUUGUCUUUGUCUACAGCCCCUUUAUAGUGUUUGUCUUGCCUGCUCAUAUCUAUUCUCUUUUUGUCUGAACCUGGUCAUCAGUACUUAAGACUGCCAGGACGUUAUCCCAUCUUAAACCUCAGACUCCAUUUUGUGUAUGAGUAGCUUAUUGUGGUGAUGGUUUUCUAUAUAAAGAAAAGAAAUUCUGUUGAAUUUUAGGUGGCUUCACAUUUUAUAUGUCUUAUUUGUAAAAGUGGAAAAAAAAUCUUAAAAAAGAAAAAAGUAAACUCUCUUGUACAGGGCAUGUACAAACCCAAGUUGUGUACAAAUGAAGACCCAUUUUGUGGGCUACUGUAUGUACUCUUUCCCUCUGAAAACAUAAUUUAUUUAAAAUCGCUUUGGGGGACUAUCUUGGCUGUUUGUUUCUGGGCUUUUCUGUAUUUUUUUAGGUGAACAUAUCUGUUGCAUGGGACACAUUGGGAAUUGGAGGAUUAGAGCUGCAUGAUGUAGGCUAUGUGUAUUAAACCCACGUUGGAUUACAUGUUCUAAGCUACCAGGGAUAAACCAGAAAACCAUAUGUCCCUAUGGGUUCUAUGCCCGUUACCUUCCAGUUGUUUCUUAUUUGUUGUAUACGCAAAAUGCACUGAAUAAAAUGUUUAUAUUAAGCUAUACUUUUAAAACAUGUGUACUUGCUUUGUUUUUUAUUCUAUUUCUCUGUAAUUCAAUUC